AUGACCGCCUGGGACGCGCGCAGCCAGUGGCCGGAGCCCGCCGCGGGCGACGCGGGCGAGCGCGGCCACGACGACACCCCAGCGGGCGCCCCCGGCGACGUGAGCCUGGGUCGCGCCCUGACCGGCUUCGUGCUGUGCGCCCUGAUCGUGUCCACGCUGCUGGGCAACACGCUGGUGUGCGCCGCCGUGGUCAAGUUCCGUCACCUGCGCUCCAAAGUCACCAACUCGUUCGUCAUCUCGCUGGCCGUGUCCGACCUGUUCGUGGCCGUACUGGUCAUGCCGUGGCGCGCCGUGUCCGAGGUGGCAGGCGCGUGGCUCUUCGGCCGCUUCUGUGACACGUGGGUGGCCUUUGACAUCAUGUGCUCCACAGCGUCCAUCCUCAACCUGUGCAUCAUCAGCAUGGACCGCUACUGGGCCAUCUCCAGCCCCUUCCGCUACGAGCGCAAGAUGACGCGCCGCUUUGCCUUGGUCAUGAUCGGCGUGGCGUGGACGCUGUCCAUCCUCAUCUCCUUCAUCCCCGUGCAGCUCAACUGGCACCGGGACGCACGCGCCCUCAACUCCACGGGCCUGGCCGUGGCCCCCGAGCCGCCGCCGGACGACUGCAACGCCAGCCUGAACCGCACGUACGCCAUCGCCUCGUCACUCAUCAGCUUCUACAUCCCCGUGCUCAUCAUGGUGGGCACGUACACGCGCAUCUUCCGCAUCGCACAGAUGCAAAUUCGCCGCAUCUCCUCGCUGGAGCGUGCGCCCGCCGCGGCCAGCGCUGCGGCUUCCGCCGCAACGGCCACACGCGCCCGCGCCUCCGCGCAGGAUGAGAGCACGCUCAAGAGUUCCUUCAAGCGGGAGACCAAAGUCCUCAAGACGCUGUCCAUCAUCAUGGGCGUGUUCGUCUUCUGCUGGCUGCCCUUCUUCGUGCUUAACUGCGUAGUGCCCUUCUGCCAGGCGGCCGACGCACCCGGCGCGCCGCCCUGCGUCAGCGACACCACCUUCAGCAUCUUCGUGUGGUUCGGCUGGGCCAACUCGUCGCUCAACCCAGUCAUCUACGCCUUCAACGCCGACUUCCGCAAAGCCUUCUCCACCAUCCUGGGCUGCAACCGCCUGUGCUCCAGCUCGGCCGUGGAAGCCGUGGACUUUAGCAACGAGCUGGUGUCCUACCACCACGAUACCACCGUGCACAAGGAGGCCGGCGGCGCGCUCGCCGGCCCCCGCCGCCACUUUGACCGUGCGCCGGCGUCCGCCGACUCUCGCAACGGCACCGACCUGGCGCCGCUGCAGAGUCGCUGCGAGGCCGACAUCUCGCUGGACGUGGCUCCCUUCGCCGACCCCUACGCCGUCCCGGGUCACGUGCAGGACCCGUGA